AUGCAUCUUCUUGGUCAGAUUUUGGAGCUUAGAUUUAACUGUCUUCUUCUCGGGUGGAGGAUUGAUAAAUAUGGGCAGUUUUACCAUGAUAUUGCCAAUAUUGAAACGGUGAAUGGACGAUAUAUCGCUGUCGAUGUCACCCAAGAAGACCUGACCACUCUACAGACCAUUGCGGAAAUGGUUAUUAGAACGAACUUCAGAUUCGAUCGUAUUACCGUAAAAAAGGCCGAUCUUGCGAAGAUGUUCAAAUACAGUGAACACAGGGUGGAUCAGAUUGAUGAAUACAUUCCAGAUGAUACCUAUGAUACGGUUUAUAGAUGUGGCAUUUUUAUUGAUCUAGACCUGAGCGGCGUGCCACACGUUAGAGAAUCCAGUAUCCUUAAGGAGUUUGAGGUCAUAAAGGAUGUUUCACUGAAGCCUCGACGAAUGGCAAGAGGGACUGUAACGCGUGUCUUCGGCAGGUCUAGACCUGUAGAAAAGAAAAGCGAGGGAACGGACUCGGGCUACACAGACCAUACAGACGAAGAAACGGACUCGGACUCUACAGACCAUGCAGACGCAAAAACGGACCCGGACUCUAUAGACCAUGCAGACGAUGAAAGUUGUGCAGGUGUAGCUAAAGAGGAUGAAGUCUACAAUAUGGAUGAACCAACACCACCAUCCCAAUUCCACGAUCACCCACAGCUCCGGGAUAAAACAAGUCUACUUCAUUUCACCAUGGCCCCCAAUCUCGUCACCCUCGUUCGCCACGGCCAGGCCGCUCACAACGUCGACUUCCAGCACCACCUCCCCGACACCUACCUCACACCCCUAGGCGAAUCCCAAUGCCAAUCCCUCCCGUCGCGAUUUCCAGCCGAGCCCUCAGUCACACUACUAGUGUCCUCGCCGCUCAAACGCACGCUGCAGACCACGCUGAUCGGGUUUGCGCCGCAGGUGCAGAGCGGAGUCAAGAUUGAAGUGGUGCCAGAAUUUCAAGAAGCCUCAGCGCUGCCGUGUGAUACCGGGAGUGCGAGGGAGGUGUUGGAGAAGGAGGAGGCGUUUAAAGGCUUGGAUUUCAGCAGGUUAGGGGAGGAUUGGAAUUCGAAGAAAGGAAAGUGGGCGCCAGAGCCGGAGGCUUUGAAGGCGCGGGCGAAGGAGGCAAGGAACUACUUGAAAUCUCUGGAUACGAGCCAUGUUGUUGCUGUUCUGCACGGCGCCUUCCUGCACUACCUGACCGAAGACUGGGCUGGCGACGGAUCGUACCACGGCACUGGAUGGGCCAACACCGAGUUCCGCUCGUACACGUUCAAGGACGAAGAGGGCAACAAUGCCACGCUGGUGGAGACGGAGGAGUCGCGUAAUAGAAGGACGGAGCAUCCGUUGGGUAACACGGAGAUGAAGGAGUUUGAGGAGGUGGAGGGGAAGACGAAGAAUUGA